AUGGAUUCUCCGCCAACUCUGCAAACUGUGUGCCAAGCUAUUUAUACACUGUACAACAAUCCUGAUUCUUCAGGAAAAGAAAAAGCCUCACAUUUCUUGGGAAAUCUUCAGAGAUCUGUAUAUGCUUGGAAAAUUGCUGAUGAAUUACUCCAGCAAAGAGCAGACCUUGAGUCAUGCUAUUUUGCAGCUCAGACGAUGCGGUCAAAAAUUCAAUAUUCAUUCCUUGAAUUGCCCUCUGAAUCACAUUCUUCGUUACGAGAUUCAUUACUAAAUCACAUAAGCCAUAUAACAUCUGAAACAUCAACAGUCAUUAUUACACAGUUAUGCUUAGCACUGGCAGAUUUAGCUCUUCAAAUGGCAUCAUGGAAAACGCCAGUUACGGAUUUAAUAUCCAGGCUAGGAAAUAGUACUGACCAAAUAUCAACAUUACUAGAAGUUCUGACAGUUUUACCUGAAGAGAUUAAUAGUAGGCAAUUAAGAUUAGGUGCAAAUAGAAGAGCUCAAGUAAAUGAAAAUUUUUGCCAAGUUUCACAACAAGUCUUGCAGUUAUUAUAUUCAUGUAUACAGUCGAUGGAUCAAAAUGAUUGUAGACUCUUAAAAAAGGUUUUCCGUUGCUUGGGUAGUUGGUUUACUGUGAAAGGCUUACAAACUGGAGACCAAGCUUUACAUGUUUUGUUAAACUGUUGUUUUCAGAUUUUGGUAAAUCCCAACUCGGAAAACAAUGUCCAUGAGGCUGCUAGUGAUGCCAUAUGUAGUGCUCUUGUUGUUGUUGAGGACUCAUCUAAUCAUCAAAUUCUUGCUCAAGUGUUAUUCCAAGGUGUUCAUACUCUUAUUGAUGCCUACAAUAUGUCAGUUGCUCGUGAAGAUACUGAUAAGUCUGUAAAUUACUGUCGAAUAUUCACAGAAUUGGCUGAAUCUUUUUUGGAAGAAAUGGUUAAUACUCCUAAUGUAGGUUUUGGAAAUUUGCAGACCUUAAACUUACUUUUGAUAUGUGUAAGCCAUCCUGAUUUUGAGGUUGCUGAAAUUACUUUUAAUGUAUGGUAUCGACUAUCUGAAAUGUUGUACAAAAGAAAUGAUGAUACUUUGAACAAUAUUUUUGAGCCAUAUAUUCAAAGGCUUAUCAUAGCUCUUUGUAGGCAUUGUCAACUAGAUCCAGAUCAUGAAGGAGUACCAGAUGAAGGAGAUGAUUUUAGUGAAUUUCGGAGACGUGUAUCUGAUUUAAUUAAGGAUGUUGUGUUCAUUAUUGGAUCUUCCAAAUGUUUUCAACAAAUGUUUGAAAAUUUGUGUUCUCAAGGAAACAUGGCAACUUGGGAUACUACUGAAGCAUCUCUUUUCAUUAUGGGAGCUGUUGCCAAAAAUAUUGUACCUGAAGAAAAUCGGAUUGUUCCUCAAGUUAUCGAAGCCAUAUUGAAUUUGCCGGAAACUACACAUAUAUCAGUAAGAUACACAAGCACUUACCUCAUGGGAGAACUUUGUGAUUGGAUUGAGAAACAUCCGCAGUAUCUUGAUCCUACUUUAAAUUUUCUUCUUUCCUGCCUCCAGAAAAGUCCAUUGUCGACUGUUUCUGCUACAGCUUUACAAAAUAUUUGUUCAGUAUGUAAAAAACAAAUGACUUCUCAUUUCAGCUGUUUAUUACACAUAAUUAAAGCCAUUGACACCAUUUCAAUUUCAAAUGAAGCAGCUGUUGGGCUUUUAAAAGGAACUGCCCUUAUUUUAUGCCAAAUGCCAUUAGAGAAAAUUACUGAUGGAUUGUUGGAGCUAUGUCAAACACAAAUAGUUCCUUUAUCAAAUUUAUUAAAAGAAGACAAAUCUGUUGUUAAAGAAGGUGCAAAAUCAGACCCAGCUGUUUGGCUAGAUAGAUUGGCAGCUAUAUUUAGAAAUACAACUCCUUCCAUAACCAACGGUCAGGUGCAUCCUUGUCAACCUGUUGUUGAAAAAGUGUGGCCAUUAUUAUCUGAAACCUGUGCCAAGUAUCAGUCUGAUGUGCGUAUUAUUGAACGUUGCUGUCGUUGCAUCAGGUUUGCUAUUCGAUGUGUCGGAAAACAGUCGGCAUCAUUGCUGGAACCUCUUGUAACUCAAAUGGUUGAAAUUUAUCAAGUCCACCAACAUUCCUGUUUCCUUUAUUUGGGUAGUGUUUUAGUUGAUGAAUAUGGUUCAGAACCUGGUUGUGUUCAAGGACUUUUAGAUAUGCUGCAGGCAUUCUGUGUUCCAGCAUUUAGGUUAUUAGAAAGAAAUGAUGCUUUAAGAAAUCAUUCGGAUACAGUUGACGAUUUAUUCCGGCUGUGCACAAGAUUUUUGCAAUGGGCACCUCUUCCAUUUCUCCAGUGUUCCACAGUCAAGCCUGUUCUACAAUGUGCCAUACUAGCAUGUACAUUGGAUCACAAAGAUGCCAAUACAUCUGUAGUUAAGUUUUUCCAUGAUUUCAUAAAAGGAGCUAGAGUUCAAGAUGGAACCAGACAGCAAGAUGCGACAAGUUUCCAGCAAAGAAGAGCUGUCACACAGUCUCUCUUAAAUGAAAAUGGUCAACUUUUAGUGAAUAGUCUAAUUCAAGCUUCCAUAUUCUGUUUACCUUCAUAUUUGUUGUCAAAUGUUGCUGAUGUUCUUUAUGAAUUAGUUCUGUUUGAUAAAGAAAGCAUGAAAACUUGGUUAGAAACAACAUUAAGAUUAUUGCCCAGUCAAAGUAGUAGUGGUACUGUUGCAGCUACACCAGAGCAGAUGAAAGAGUUCCAUGAAAAUGUACUCAAUGCUGAACAUAUGAAAACUGUUUUGAAUGUCCUCAGAGAUUUUUCAAGAUUGUACAGAUAAUGGCAUAAUAGUGAAGAUGGAGAAAAAAAAAAAUCAUUUCACCUAGUCACUAUAAACAGUGAUUUAUAUAUUAAAAUGCUCAUAUUAAUGUUGUCAUGAAAACUUUAAAAUUAAUUUGACUGUGCUGUACUUUGUAAAAGCACUAAAUGUUCAAUUUUGAAUUUCUUUAAUUUAUGAAUAUGUUUUCCCUGUUGUGACAUGAGCUUAUUAGGUUAUUCCUGUAG